CAAUCGGAGCGCUGGAGAGCGCGAGAAAGACCGGCGGGCCGUGCACAGCUCUUCCGCCCUGGGCCCGGAAGGGUGAUGUGGCUGGGCCAACGCGGGCCUCAGUAUGUCUGCCAUUUUCAAUUUUCAGAGUCUGUUGACUGUAAUCUUGCUGCUUAUAUGUACCUGUGCUUAUAUCCGAUCCCUGGCACCCAGCCUGCUGGACAAAAAUAAAACUGGACUAUUGGGAAUAUUUUGGAAGUGUGCCAGAAUUGGUGAACGAAAGAGCCCUUAUGUUGCAGUGUGCUGUAUAGUGAUGGCCUUCAGCAUCCUCUUCAUACAGUAGCUUGGGAAAUGCCAGAAUUCCACUGCCAGCGGAUUUCAGCGUGAACAGGACUCUCUUGCAGAAAAUAAUGGAAAGCAUGGUUAACUCUUAUCUGUGAACACAGAGUGAGAUAAAUCUCCAGAUGCUGUUCUCUAUUUUUGUUAUUGGACCAGUGUUCUAUAUAAAUAAUUAAGAUGUAGGCAUUUAAUAUGAAAAGAGUUCAGUAGUCUUUAACAGUGAACCUCAGUACUGUCACUACAGUAUUUCAUUCUGCAAAUGUUGUUGUGUCAUGUCAGACACCGAUUUUUAGUUAGGUAUCUUUAAGUCACACAGUGAAAAGCAAGAUCAGUAAAUUAUUCAAGUCCCUUUCAUUGUGAUUUGGAAUCUUUAUAGAAUGACCUUUUUUGGACGAGUUGUUCUAUUAAGGAAAAAUGGCUUCAUUUAGUGUUGGUAAGGAUUGUAUUCAUACUCAGUGAUGCUUUCCUCUGGCCGCACCAUUUUGAUCAUUAACGAGAGUACCUGUCCUCUUGGCAAAUUCUGUAGUUUAUUACAGGUGAUUGAAAUAUUUAGAGCAAGCUUGUGCAUUUCUUAAAGGAGGAAGAUAAGUGAUAUCAGACUUGAAGUAGAAUGGGGAAGUGUUCGAUUCACAGAGGAGAGUUGAGACAGCCGGCUGGCGUCACAGUUUUGAAGUCUGGCCAGGUUGGAUGCAGGUUGUGAGUGUGAAGCUGAGUGCCCAGCUGUCGUUCUCUGAGGAAGACAGCGUUCUCAGAACAAUCACAGAACAAGAGUCUUAUGUUUGGUUUUCGUUCUUCCUAAUGUCAGAUCCUCAAAGUACACUUACUUUAAUUGCCCCAAAACAAACUUUUAGUUUUUAAUAGAGCACUUGACACUGGUUUGUGUGGUCAGCGUGAACUGGACUCCCGUGAGACCUUGGCUGCUGGGCGUGCUGUGGCGCACAUGCCUCAGUUCUCAUGGCCAGGCCCCAGCUUCUCAUCUAGACAGGGAAUCCUGGGAACCUGACCUUGGACUUUUACAUUGCAUUGUCAGAAGUUUAUAAUUAACAUUUCGUAAGAUUUAACUGAAAUUCAGUUACUGUUUCAAAGUGAAGAGGAAAUUAAAUCUUAGCUACAAAUUAAACAUUACGGGUAGUGUUUACUACUUAUUAUUUUUCUCAAUUAUUAAAGUUCUUAUAAAGGAAAAAAGAAAGAUUAAAAAAAAAAUCCUUUAAAAAUUAUUUGUAAUCUAUCAGUAGCGGUUUUUGUAGAAAGAAAGUAUAGAAUUGGAAGCCACCAAUUUUUCAGACCUCUUCAACAACUUAGAAUAGAUUCUAGAAAACAUCUAGUAAAGCAUUUUCCCCCCCAAAAGAGCUGUUGUCGGCUAUCAGUGUGUUUAUCUUACAUUUUUGACAUGUCUGUGGCAAUUGAAAAGUGAUAUAUUUUACUCUGGACAGGGAAACAGCAUGAUAAUCGUUCCUGCAUUGCACUGCUCGGGUGUUAUACAUCAGGUCAAGGGUUUUCAGAGUAUCUCAAAAGUAGGAGUCCUUGUCAGCUUUCCAUGCAGUCAGUCACCUGCCUGGGCGGCCAUCUGUCCAGCUCUGCUUCCAGCUGGACAUCCCCAAAGCUUUGGCAACUACUCUUCCAUAUGCUAAUACAAACCUGACAGGAGGAGAAGCCAGAUAAACUGUUCUAAGACAUUUCUUUAAUUUGUCAUUUCAGCAAAGGCAGAAAGUAGAGGAAGGCAUCAUUUAUCUCAAAAAUUUAUGGUAACACGUAAAACACUGAACAAUGGACCCUCAAGUUAUGACUGGCAUGACAUACAAACAACUUGGGUCAAUUAGGUUAAUGGAAGAUUGAUCUGCCUCUUGUUAUCUAUAGUGUGUACCCAGGUAAACAUCCAGAUCUCAGCUGCAUUGACUUAAAACCAACUUGAGUGACAGCCAGCACUCAGGAACCAACCAGUGGAGUUCUUAAGUCAAGGGUCCACUGUAUUGUGUACAGAUGCUGCACAGAGUAGAUGCAGCUUAUUUCCAAUUCCAACUCUCUGAUCUUUUGAAGCACAAGCUCUUUGGGACAGAGGGAAAGACAGGAGACUAUGAAGUCAAGCAGUUACCAUUUUCUUCAAUAAUUUUUUUCUGGAGAGUUACGCCUGAAUCCUGUGCUUUAACCCAAAUGGCAGAGUAGAUGGUUUAGAGUCUGCGGAAUAUUCAGAUAUUCAGAUACUCGUCUCACAGCAGUGGGAGGGAGUGGGAUCAACUUAAGCAUCAGGCGCUUGUCUGCCUCUGCGUCUUCUGUGGAUUCGCCCCAGGACUUGAGGGCGGAUGAACACCCGCGUCCAUGGCGUCCAGUCAAAUGCUCGCACUGGCCUCCUCUUGGGAUUUGUUUUGUGCUGCUGUUCAGCUCCGCUAGGCUUCAUCUGUGCCAGUGACGGGCCGCGUCUUCUCUCCAUUCCUAACAGGUGGCCAGUCAGAGUCCCACAGCUGACAGCGCCUUGCUAGUGCCAGGCACUGCCUGAUGCUCUUACAUGAGCAAAACAGUUUUUCCUCUGGGGGAUAGUAGUAAGGAGUAACUUGUAAUAGAUAUCUUUCAUCUUAAGUUGACCAGUUAUACCCAAGGACAAAAUAGAGGAUUGAAUGAAUUUUCCAAGUUUGCAGAGUCAAAAACGAACUCUCCCUCCUUUUGUAAAAAAGCUUAGCAUUUGUAAAUAAGAUACUUGUAUUUCUUUCAAGAAGCAUUUAUAGAAUGCAUAUGGUAUAUUCCUGAAAACAGACAAGGGCACAGUUUCUUCCUUAUAGGCAUAACAAAGUUGACAGAGAUGAAGUUAUGUGUACACACUACAGUGUGUUAGUGGUUACUGAGAUAACCCCAGGAUCCUACGGGAAAAUACAGGAGGGUAACAAUUUGGUCUGGGUGUGAACUUCCUUUGGAAAGAGCAGUGGAUAUGCUGAACUUGAUCACUCUGCAAAAACAGCUGUGUUGAGCGUUACAGGCACCAAGCUUGUGUCACUUGCAGCCAGUGAAGGUAUAAGGCAAAAAGGUGGGCCAAGGAUAGAGCCUAGAGGGCCUUACGUCUUUCUCAUUGCUGCUGCUGCCUACCUCAGCCUAGAAGUAGAGCAUGUUUUUCAUCCUGCCUAACACAAAACUCCUCUGGCAGAAAACAGAAUCCCUGGGUGUCGUGUGCAGACAAGGCUGAGCCUCUCCAUGCCUGACUCAUUUUGGACCCAGGGCACAGUGCCAUGUGCCCGAGUCUGGCCUGGGUGGCACAUGAGGUGGGGCACUGCCCAGCCAGGCUCUUGAGCAGCUCCUGCUCCACACCCAGAGCAGCCUGGGUGGUCAGAGCACACUGCAUUUCCUGGGUGCACAGGAAGUGUCUUCAGUUAGCAAAGACUUGUGCUUUUUUCACAGUCUUUGAGAAGUUACUGGAACCUAGAAAGCUGUCAACAAGAGUGGAUGAUUGUCAGAAACCACUCUCCACUUUGGGACCGUCCAGUCACAAGUGUCAGAAUACACAAUUGGCUGAUAAUCAGCAUUGUGAAUACUACACAUACAGCCUGGUCAUUCCUAAUCAGAAGUCACUACUAGCUUCUGGAAAAUAGCUUCAUAAUUGUUAUUUAUACACUACCAUUCAGUGGUUUCAUUUAGCCCCAAAUUAAUCCCAAAAUGUUAUGAAAUCCCACUCCAAUAUCAGAAAAAGGAGGAGAUGGAAACACAUUUCCUGUGAUGUUUUUUAAGAGUAUAUAGAUAAUGAUCCUCCUCUUGAUUCCUAUGUCUGGAAUAAUAAAGCAAAAUGAACUCUCAA